AUGUACUCCUGUAAUUCGUGUAUGGCAAACAUUCUUCACAACAUGAGGAUUAUCAAAGAGGUUUUCGCGGACAUCUUGUUCAUGAAUCGUUUUAGAGGGAAUUUCAAGAAGUCAAAAGGUCGUUUGACACGUGCAAAGUCGUACGUGAAUGACACUGCGUUUUGGAAGAACCUCAAGCUGUGUAUCAAGCUUGUUGCCCCAAUUGUUGGAAGUAUUGCAGCGUUUGAAAGUGACAACUGCUCUCUCUCUCUCUCGUUGAUCUACGCAGUGUUCGAAAAGUUGAAACGGAACUAUUUGUACACUAUCGCGGUGUGAGUGCCUGGUGUGCCAUCCAGUGUCCAAGCUAAAAUCCUGGAUCACGUGAUAUUUUGAUGAAAUUUCAUUCCCACAGUUGCCAUGGGAGUUGCUUU